UGUCUCUUCCUUCUCUCCCCGAAGCUUCGUAGAGCGAGAUAAUGGCUACAGGAAUAGCUACUGAUUGAAGAAACAAAAUAUUGUUCAUGCAGAGUUUAUUAGACAGAUUCUCUUGAAAUUGUCUUUCAAAAUGGCAAAGAGAUUAUCUAUUAUAGAAUUCCUGCUGAAAUUAAACAACUUCAUUUUCAUUCUAAUCGGUCUAGCCAUUGAGUUUUAUGGAAUAUUUUGUUUGGUCAACUGGAAAAAUGAUCGUGAGAGCCAUUCUCAUAAUAACAGUAAGAAGUAUGAGCAGAUAGCUUUACCUAGAGCACUACUAGCUAUUGAAGCAUCUAGCUGGCUUUCAAAUAGGCUUCCCGUGGCUUGGUUUAUUUACCUUUUACUGGUAAUUGGAGCAUCCCUCAUUGUCAUUUCCUGUUUCGGAUGCGUAGGAGCUGCAACAAGGAGCUCUUGUUGUCUGUGUACUUACUCUGUACUCUUGGUUCUACUCUUUAUUGCACAACUAGUAGCUGCUGCUUUCAUGUUCUUCAAUCACAACCGGCAAAAGGAUAUGCCAAAUGAUAGAAGUGGAAGCUUCAACUCUACCUACCGCUUUUUCACUCUGAAUUGGAAAAUCAUCAGAUGGGUUAUUAUUGCAGCACUUGCUCUAAAGGUUAUUGGUCUAGUGGUGGCUUUGUACUUAAGAUAUGCGAACAGAGUCAAUGACUAUGAAAGGAUUGUGUACCCUGAGAUUGUGAGACCAACUGCUGAGAAGAGGGGCAACCCUGUUGCUGCUGCAACUUCAACCGGUAGGAAAGAGCAGACAAGGCCAGUAAAACAAUGAGAUACUGAAUAUUGUAGAACCACACGAACAACAUAAUACA